AUGGGCGAGUGGAAAAUGUAGAAUUGGAUAAAUUCAUGGCAGCUAGUAUGCUGUUGGCUUGUACAGGUUUAGGUGCUCUAGAACAAGGGAAGUGGAUACAUGGAUAUAUUGAGAAAAGCGGGAUUGAAUUGGACUCGAAACUUGCAACAAUGAUCAUUGACAUGUACUGCAAAUGUGGUUGCCUGGAGAAGGCUUUUGAAGUUUUUAACGGGUUGCCAGAUAAAGGGAUUUCUUCAUGGAAUUGCAUGAUUGGUGGGCUAGCAAUGCAUGGGAAGGGAGAGGCCGCCAUUAAACUUUUCGAGCAGAUGCAAAGGGAUAUGGUAGCACCUGACAACAUUACUUUUGUUAAUGUUCUUAGUGCAUGUGCUCACUCAGGGUUAGUAGAAAAGGGGCAGCAGUACUUCCGCAGCAUGGUUGAAGUCCACGGUAUUGAGCCCCGAACAGAGCAUUUUGGCUGCAUGGUUGAUCUUCUUGGAAGAGCCGGGAGGCUGGAGGAAGCAAGAAAGCUAAUAAACGAGAUGCCAAUGAGCCCCGAUGUAGGUGUAUUGGGUGCUCUCCUCGGAGCUUGUAAGAUCCAUGGAAAUGUUGAACUGGGAGAGGAAAUAGGGAGGAGGGUAAUCAAACUGGAAGCAGAAAAUAGCGGGCGCUAUGUGUUGUUUGCAAAUCUAUAUGCGAAUGCGGACAGGUGGGAAGAUGUUGCCAAUGUGAGAAGAUUGAUGAAUGACAGGGUAGUGAAGAAGGUUCCUGGAUUUUCCAUGAUUGAACUGGAAGGCUCUGUCAAUGAAUUUAUUGCCGGCGGAGGGUCUCAUCCUCAGACAAAAGAGAUAUAUGCGAAAGUCGAUGAAAUGUUGCAAUCUAUAAGAUCUGCAGGAUAUGUUCCGGACACAGAGGGAGUGUUGCAUGAUCUUGAUGAGGAGGAAAAGAAGAAUCCUUUAUACUACCACAGUGAGAAACUUGCAAUUGCCUUCGGCCUAUUGAAGACCAAACCCGGGGAAACUGUUCGUAUAUCAAAGAAUUUACGAGUCUGCAAAGACUGCCACCGGGCAAGCAAGCUCAUCUCGAAGGUUUUCCACCGCGAAAUAAUCGUGAGGGAUAGAAAUCGCUUCCACCAUUUUAGAAGGGGAUACUGUUCUUGUAAAGAUUACUGGUAAAUAGGAAUGCUGUCUGGUUGUCCAGAAAAUACGUGACAUCUUGCUUGAGAAAAUACUAUAUGUAUGUAUGCCCGGAUGUUCAUCUAAGUACUGAUAUACUGAUAGAAUAUAUAUGUACCUGUAUAAAUUGCUAACGAAUAGUAAAAGCUCUUGGGUGAA